CGUAAUCUCAAGGAUAGUCUCUGAAGGGCCAUGGUCUGGAACAUGAAUAAGUACAUAAACCCAGUUCAAGUCUGACUGACUGACAGACAGAGAGGGACAGAGUGCUGGACAGUUGGGUCAAGAAAGCCUUUUGAUAUUUAAUCUCUGGACAAUACCUGUUCCCUUCCACCCUGGGUGCUGCACCCCCCACCCCUCCCCCCUCACAUCUCUGAUGGACCAGAGAGCGAAGGGGGGCCCAUCUCUACCUCCACCAUCCUCACUGCCUCUCCUCCCCACAGCCCCACCACAGCAGUACCCAGAGAAAGAGGUAGGCGGUGGGACGAGGAAGAGGAUAGAGAAGGAAGGAGGUGGUGCAGUACUGGAGGUGCUCAUUGAGGGGUGCUGUGGUGCUGCAGGGCAGAGACAGCUUCCAUUCCCAGGCAGAGAGAGGAGCUGCACUGAGGGCAAUGUGAGGCUGAGGAUCGGAGUCCAAACGGCCAAACGCACCAAGAAACCUCCCAGGACCCUGGAGGGCUACGAGUGUAAACCCACCAUCAGGACGUACCAGAGGCCUGGGAGGGGGCAGCAGGGAGGGGGGGUCAGGAGGGAGGGCGGAGUGGGCAGGGGAACCGUCCUCAGGAGGAGGGGGACGGAGAGCAGAACCAGGGGUCAGACCCCAGCACCACCCAGACCAGGAAGAUACACUCCUCCUCGCCUCCGUCUUCAUCAUCAUCAUCAUCAUCAUCAGCCCCUACAACCACCCCUCCCAGCCCAGCCAACCCUCAGACUGCGCCAGCCAAACAGCAGGUCCCUGUGAACCUGGGCUAUAAGAAAUCAGACACCCUAACGGAGAAACCAUGGCACCCUGACCCACCUGAUGCCCACAGCAAACUACCCUCACCUGCCCAAAUGGACCAGGCAACCCUCUCUUACCCCACAGCUUCAUCCCCCCAUUCCCCCCCUCCCUCAUCACCCCAUAACCCCUUGGUAAAGGACCCUAGCGGUGAGGGAGGUAUGCUGAAUGGGGAAGUACCUACAGUCACCUGCCAUCCUACCAGACUCACAAAGGUCAAAGGUCGCAAACAGAACUGUUCUUCCUCAGCCGCCCCCACUAACGUGAACUCAGCCUCCAGCCCCCAUCAGGCUGACCUUGCAGCCCAGGACAGGACUACAGGCUUCAGCUGCCCUCCUACACCACCCCCAUCCACACCCCUACUUCCAGACCAGAGAGGAGCCCCAGUGGCUUAUGGGAGACUGAGUCCUGCUGCCUCCCUCACCAGCCUGAGCAGGGGACCAUUACUACCAUCCUCUGUGGGAAAUGGGAGAGGGAAGGAGGAGAAAGCCAAGAAGAAGAAAGAGAAAGAUGACAAAGCGAGGGGUGAGAAAGGGAAGGGUAAGAGAGGGGAGAAGGGGAGAGGGAAGGAGGACAGAGGGAGGAAUGAGAGUCCAAAGAUGGACAGAAAUGAGAGAGGGAAGGAGGGAACUGGGAUGGAUGAGAGCGGGAGGGAUAUGACGGGGAAGGAGGAGAGAAAUGGGGACGAGGACAAGGAAAGAGAGAAGCCCAGAGACUUGAGGAUGAAUAAAUCGCCCUCUUCUACAAAGUGUCAGAUGUCUGAGGUUCAGAGCAGGAAGACAGGUACACCCAGCCCAGACCUGACCAGCAGAACAGGGGAAUUAGGUGAUACUGGUGCCCCCUCAAGACCCACCGUCUCUCCCUCCAACCCAUCCACUGCCUCCUCUCCCCUCACUUCCCUUCCUCCUCCCUCUCUCUCUCUCCACUCUUCCUCUCCUCCUACCUCCCCGAGAGCAGGACAGCCGUCCGCUGAAGAAGCGUAAAACCCGACGGCCAAGCUGGACCAGGCUGGUGAACCGGGCACAGAGAAUGGCAGAGAACCCAGAUGGCCGCCAAGAUGCCCCCUUAGUUGCCCCACAGACCCCCACUACCCCCCAGACAUCCCCCACUACCUCCCAGACACCCGCAACUACCAACUCACCCAACCUUCGGUCAGCUGAGUCAUGCCUAGCCCCCUCCGUUCCCCCACCCUCCAGUCUGUCCUCCCUCUCCCCCUCUACCUCCACCCCUGUGAGACCCAGACCAGCAGGUCGACCCCCAUCCCCCACCCAGUCUCACCUGUUGACCUCUGACCCUAACCCUUUACCUGGACCUGACCGUCCCUUCAAUCAGGCCAGAAAAAGGGGUCGCCCCAAAUCCCAAACCUGGAGCUUGGACGAACCCCAACCCAGACACUCCCCUAAACCUACCCAAGCUGAGAUGCUCCCUCAUGGGCAUGAUGAGACUCCGGACCCCCAUGUGCUCAACCCAGUGCUGGAUCACAGGCCCACCCUCACCAGUCCCUCUUGCCCCAACCCCACACCCAGGAAACGAGGUCGCCCCAAACGGCUGCCACCCUCCCCCCUCCUCCCCAAACAGACUCCCCAGGACCAGAACAGGGGUACACUGACCCCCUCUGGAGAUGAGGAGGGGGGUAAAGACUUCCCCUCUGAAAAGGGGAACAGGAAGCUGAGGAUGAGGAGCAUCAUCGGAGAGAUGAAGAGGAGGAAGAAGAGGAGGCUACUCAGGGAAAUGCUUUCUGGGUGUGGAGGGGGGAAGGAGGGGAGAGGAAGAGAGGGAGGUAGGGAGAACUCUCGUGGGUGUGCAGGAGGGGUGUGUGGGUCGCCCACAGCACCCUUCCUGUCCUCUUCCUUUGGGGGUAAACUAGGUCCACAGAUCAACGUGAGUAAGAGGGGGACCAUCUACAUGGGGAAGAGGAGAGGACGCAAACCCAAAGCUCCAGCUAACUCUAACCCUGCCUCUCAGUCCACACUGUUCACCAGUCUCUCUAGUUCCUCUCUCUUCUCCUCUCCCCAGCCCCAUCCUCCCCUCUCUCACCCAUUCCCCUCCCCAUCUCUCACCCACUCCAGUGGAGCCCAAAGCCCUUACAGUGAUGGAGGCUGCACAGAACCUGCUCCCUCCCUCUUCCUCCCCCACACCUUCUCCCUCCCCUCACCCUCCUCCUCCUGCGCAUCGCCACGUCCUCUCUCCUCCUCCUUCUCCUCCUGCUCAUCCCUCUCUCCCUCCCUAAAGAGGAGUUCUCCAGGUCAGGGACGACAUCCCCUCUUCCACCAUCCCUCCAGCAGACUCUCUUCUCCUCCUCUUCCUCACCCUCUUUACUCCCAUCUGCCGGUCUUCCCCACACACCUGAAAGAGGCCACACCCUCACCUAUCAGUAAAUCACACAGCAAGGAGAUGUUGCCUAGUGAUAGUGUGAUUGGAAUGGACCACAACACUAUCUCAGAGAGGGGGGAGAGGAGGGGCCGAGGGAGAGGGGGGGUAACCAUGGGAAUGACCUCAGAUGUCACCCGGUCAGUGUUCCGGACAGGUUUAGGGGUCAACCUAAAGGGUCAGAGACAACCCUCACCCUCCAUGUUACUAGAACACCCCCUCCCUGUACCCUCACCCAUCAGAGUGUCAGCCUCACCCCCCUCUCCCCCCUCUGCCUCCCCCAGACACACGCCUCCUUCUGACUUAGUGGAACCCAGAGACAGACACAGGCACAGGCGGAGGGGGUACGAAUGUCCCUAUACCUGCCCCCCCUGCCCCUGCCUAGGGCACAACCAGUGCUCCCACCUGGACCUCUGCCCCUGCCUAGGGCACAACACACACAAGAGACAGAAACACAAACACAAGAGGAAGUACCAGCACCUGCUCAUGCACGCGCACGACCCAGACUUCCUCUCUGAACUGGACGAUCUCAUUGGGCAGUUCAGCGAGGUCCGCAUCGGGCGCCACCGUGAUUGGGCCAGAGCUGGAUUGGGGCAGGAUCUCGAUGAGAGUGGGGAGAAAAGACGCCACUCUUCCUUAUUGUCAUCGCAAAAUUUCCGCUCAAACGUUUACAGAAUCAACUUGAGUGGAUACUACUCACCUCACCCCCUGUCUUACCCCCCUCACCCCUCCUUCUCCCCGCUCCACCCCCACCCCUGCCACGGCCUGCCUUAUGGCAGCAGAAAGCCAGAGCAGAGGUUGAGGUGUGGCUGUCCCACCAAGCCCUGUGAGUCCUUAGACCAGGGUGACUGUGGCCAGGGGCGGAGGUGUGCCUUACAGGGUAUCACAGGGCACCUCCACCCCUCCUCUCUCAGUACCCCCCUGGCCUCCUCCACCACCUCUUCCACCACCCCCAUGCCUCUGGGUUUUGGCUACUACAGAGGCUAUCCUCUGACCAUGGCCCAUUACCCAAAUCCCCACCCCUCCUUUCCCCUGCCUCCCCUCGCCCCUACGCCCCCACCUUCACCCCCUCACCUCCUCCUCAACCCAGCCAGGUUCCACAGGAGGAGGAGCAGGCAGCUGAGGGAGGCUGGGUUGGGUGGAGGUGGAGGUGAGGACAUGGGGGUUAUGGGUGAGGGAAAGAGGGCCGGGGUCCGUUCCUGUCCAGCAGGGUCCGUCCCUGGUCGGUCCUGUGUCUGUGGGGGGAGUGAACACAAGCUCAGACACAAACAUCGUCACAGACAGCGUGAUCGUGAUGGAAAGGAAGAAGGGGAUAAGAGAGUUGCCGGGUCACAGCUAAGGUCAGAGUUCACCACAGGAUCAGGAGGAAGUAGAAAGACUGGAGGACAAGGGAGUGCUGGGUUGAUGGAGUCUCCAUGGCAACAUAGGCACGGCAAAUACCCCUCUUCUUUCUUCUCUGCUUCUGUUAAACCAGCCUCUUCAUCAUCAUCAUCAGAGAGGCUCAAACACACACCCCUCACCUGUCUAGGCUCCUCUCACCUUUCCUCGUUUGGAGAGGGCUGGGGGGUUCGGCAGAACCCCUGGCUGAGGAGAGGGGGGCUGGGGGCAGGAUUCAGACCCCUCGAUCCCACCUGGGGCACUCUGACAGAAGGGCAGAGGACGGCCGCUGUGGGGGAGUCAGAGAGAGAGGCGGGGGAGAGACACACGCCCUGUCACAGCACCUUCACCCCCCCGACACACACCAACCUCUUCACCUCCUCUGCCACCAGUGGGAGGGGCAUGAGGAACGGAAGAGACAAUUGGAGACCAGGGAAUCAAGACGGGUCACUGAGGAGUGAGGAGACAUCACAGACAGAGAGGAGAGGCACAGACCCACACUAUGACCUGAGCAGAAGGCAACUGAAGUGGCUGAGAAGUGGUCAACGUUUUGGGGCUAAGAGAGGGCCUGGACGACCCAGGAAGAACCCUCUAGCCUCCCCUUUGCUCUCCCCCUUCCUCUCGCCUACAAGCCAACCAAACCCUCCAACUGAGACAGACGUCCAGAACAGAGACAGAAACAGAGGAAGAGGAGGAGGAGAUUCAGUACAAGAGGUGAUUGAAGCUGUGAUUCACAGCCAGAGGAGGAGAAGACGGAAGAGGAGGCACAUUGAGAAAGAGGAGGUCGAGCAUCCAUCCUGUCUCCAAAGUUCUGGUGAAGGUGAGCCAGUCACCCACACCCCCUCCAUAUGCACAGGCCAAUCAGAGCUAACCCAAACUCCAUCCCUAACCCCGGCCAGCCAAUCAGAUAAGGGAGCUGACCAGCUGCCUAGGAAGAGGUUUCAGAGGGCGGGGCUCUACUCAGAUGACUACAAAACUACAGAUCCCUCCUCUCAGAACCAGCUGAACAGAGAGAGACUGGAAUAUACACCAGGAGAACAAGACUACAGCCUCCUGCCUGCUCCCAUACAUGUUGGGAAGUACUUAAGAAUGAGACGGAUUGACUUUCAGUUGCCCUUUGACGUCAUGUGGCUCUUCAGGCACAACCAGCUCCACAAAGAGCCAGAUGUUCCUCAGACCAGAGAGAUCUCAUUCUACCAACCAAAAGAGAAGAGCCUGUCCAGUCACCAGACAGGGGUGUCCCUCCCUCCCUCUCCCCAGGAGGAGUGUUCCAGUCCCAGUAGGAAGCUGUUUCCCUACCUGGACAUGGCGCCUAUGACCACCAGUGACAGGGUGUUCGUCCUGAAGCACCGCGUGUUCCUUUUGAGGAACUGGGAGAGGGUCAGAGACAGACAGAUACGCCUGAGGAGGGGGAGAGAGGGGGAACGAGAGAAAGAUGGAGGAGGAGUUUCCAGCUAUGUAGCUACUGGGGACAUCAACAGCCACAUCAUGUCAGGUCGACAAAUGGCGGUGAAGAAGAAUGUUGUGUGGACUAGUGAGCCCCUUCGUGAUCCCCAGUGCCCCCAUAACCCCCUCAGAACCACGCCCCAGCUCACUGAGAACAGACAAGAGGAGAAAAAACAGGUGGAGGAGGAAGAGGAGGGCUGGAGGGAGGUCCGGAAGGAGCGACUGAACAACAUACUCCUGAAGCUGCGGCAGACAUGAUUGGUGAGAGAGGACAAGGAAGGAAGGAGGGGGAAUCUCAGCUUAGUCUCUCUUCUUCCAAGUAGCUCAGUUCAGCUAACUUUGCACUAGUGUUGGGGGGAAAACGCUUCCCUGAAAUGAUUUGUUAUAAAGAUGAUUUUGGGCUUUGUUUCUGAGAGGAAUGAGGGUGUAGUUGUUUACUGUACCAUUGAGAAUGAUUGACAGAUGGUCAGCAGACCAGUGACAGUCUGAUUUAAUAGUCAGAGAGGGCGGAAGGGAUGGAUGGAGACCAUAGAGUCUUAAGGCUGGAUUAAAUUCGUAUUGUGGAAGAUCCGUGUUGUAGCUCGAUUUAAAUGUAAAGGAAAUGUUCCCGUGUUCUUGCAGAAUACAUUCACGGUAAACGCUGCAUGUCAGCUCAAUCUGAAAUUACCAUGACAAUAACAUUUUUUACAAUUUUACCUCAUUUUUUUGGGGCCCCCCCGGGCCAAACCUUCCACUAAACCCGGACAACCCUGGGCCAAACCUUCCACUAAACCCGGACAACCCUGGGCCAAACCUUCCACUAAACCCGGACAACCCUGGGCCAAACCUUCCACUAAACCCGGACAACCCUGGGCCAAACCUUCCACUAAACCCGGACAACCCUGGGCCAAACCUUCCACUAAACCCGGACAACCCUGGGCCAAUUGUGCACCGCCCUAUGGGACUCCCAUCACAGCCGGUUGUGACGCAGCCUGGGAUCGAACCCCAGGCUGUAGUAACACUGCAAUGCAGUGCCAUAGACCGCUGCACCACUUGGGAGGUCUACCUCUACAUUUUUAUGCAGAUCUUCUGUGAUACUUCCGCAAUACACAGCCCCUAUGGUUUGAUUCAAUCACUGUUGCUGAAGUACGGCGCUGUAGCGUGAUUCAAGUGUAAAGGUCAUUUCCAAUUGAGCCGACAUGCAGUUUUUAUGUGAAUUCAGUCUCCGCUAACGCGGGAACAUUGCCUUUAAUGUUCUCUUCAGCUCUACGUAUUGAAUCGGGCCUUUUUAAUGUUCUCUUCAGCUCUACGUAUUGAAUCUUUAAUGUAAAAGUGCCAUGUUGUAAAUAAACUGACGCCUAAGUGAGUUCAAUCUCCAAAAGCAAUACGUCCUGUAAGGAUUUCAGUACAAUAACUUUAAUAUCACUACCAGUACCAGCUAGAGACCCUUCUAUGUAUCAAACCAAGUAGUUUUUAUUGCCUUAGUGAAUAUGAUCAUUUCAAGAUCGUUAUAUUGUACCAAUGAUAAUGCAGUAACAUUGACCUAAGUAAUGUAAUGAAUCAGUUUCAUAAUUGAUAGAUAAUAACUAAGCGUUAAAGUUAAGUCAAAGGCCUUCAUUUUGCUACAUAGUGUUAAACAUAACUAUGUUAAAUAUUGCUGAUUGUAUAUGACUUUUCUUCACCUGUAUACUUUUUCUGACCGAUGGAAUGUUCUUUUUUAUUUGGUCAGACAAUCAGGAAAAUGAAUUGAAUCUGAGAUUUGUAACCGUUCAUUUGUACAGUUCUCUUUGGUGCAGUUUCUAGUUUGACUUUGAACACUAAGUUGAAUGUUUUAUAGUUGACCUGUGUAUUUGCUUCACUCACUAUUGCCAAUGGGUGAUUAAAAAUAUUAUAGCAUUCAUCAAUAUAGUGAAGGGUUAUUUAUGUAGUUUGCAUGAAAUGUAACUUUGGGCUGGAUUCAAUCCGUAUCGCGGAAGAUCACAUUAAAGUGUAGAGGUCAUUUCCGAUUAAGCCAACAUGCAGUGUUUAUCUUGAAUGCAGUCUCCCCGAACGCGGGAACAUUGCCCAAUUUGUAAGUCGCUCUGGAUAAGAGCGUCUGCUAAAUGACUUAAAUGUAAAUGUAAUUGCCUUUACAUGGAGCUAUAACGCAGAUCUCCCAUGAUACUUCUGCGAUGCGGUGAGAAUCCAGCCCUUUGUUGUACAAUUUGAAAUUGCUGCUUAUAACCUGUCUUUGGAGAAAAUACCACAGAGUUCAUCUGACAGAAUGUCAUUUCAAACAUUGACCUUAUUAUCAAUAACAAUAAAAUGGCAUUUUUGUUUACAAAG